UCUCUCCGCUUAUGUACGAUUUCCGUUUUCCUGACCGCACUGGCUGCUUUUGCGAUAGAGAUCACACUCGGAGUUUCGCGAGAGAGCAGUAACCAACGCGGUCUCUUGCGGGGCACAAGGCCAUUCGAGAGAAGCACGAGUGAGCAAGAAACGGAGCGGGUGAUCGAUCGGAUACUCGACUGCCUCGGUCUGUUCGAGCGCCUCAUUCGUACCUGACAGUUCCGAAGCGAACAUGUUCAACAAGGACCAAUCGGCUGCAGCCGUCCCGCCGACGGACGACUAUGAGAUGUACGCGACACCUUCGGCCAUGGACGUGCAGCCCGGCGAGGCUGAGAUCGUGCGACGCGGCGGGUCCCCAGAUCCCCCAGAACGUCGGCCCGUUAACUCGGAUGAGAACGGGAGCUUCCAGGAGAAUGUCAUCACGGUGCACGGCUACAUGCACAAGCAGGGAAAGCGCACUAUUAAGGGCCCCAUGCACAAGAGCUGGAAGCGUCGCUACUUUGCGCUGGAAAAGGCCAAGAUCUACUACUUCCACUCGCACUUGGAGUGCCGUCAGUAUUUCACUACGCGUAACACGGAUCUUGUGGUGGGUGCCAUUGAGCUGAAGGACGCGCUGCAGCUGCGUCCGUGUGCGCGUCUGGACCUGCCACACCGAGGCUUUGAGGUCAUGACCAAGCGUCGUGUAUGGGUGCUGUGUCCCGAGACGGACGAGGAGUACCGACUCUGGUUCGAGGGCGUCGAGGAGGCCAUUGUGGCCUGUGGCUCUGGCAACAUUAUCGAGCGAAAACUGCCCAACGUCCGCAAGUACUACAUGAAGGGCAUCACCACGUACCGUACGCUGUACUUCCUCUUCCUGAUCCUCAGCAUCGUCGAGAUCUUUGGGUUUGUCUUCUGGUUCGUCGUGGGUAUCCAGCCCUGUGACUCCAGUAACCGGACGCUGGCUUGUGAAGACGUGUACGACAACAGCCCCGACGACCUCAGCUGUCUCGCCGAUCCCAUGAGUGGCUGGUUCACACCGCCCGAUUGGUACAUGACGCUGGCGGGCGUCGACGACGUGGUCUGUUUCCACGACCCGCCGAUUGCCCAGUGGGUGUCGUUCUUUGCUCUCAUUGCCGCUGAACUCGUGUCCAUUGUGCUCGGUGCGCUGUACUACCUUGGCAUGUGGAAGCCAGUGCGUCGUGGUGCCCACUACUUCGAUGAGUUUGACCCCAAGGUUCCCGAUGAUCUAUGGCCAAAGAUUGAUGUUCUAUUGUGCCACUACUCGGAACCAGCAGAGGAGACGAUCGACACUCUGAUGGCCUGCAUGAAUUUGCAGUACCCACCCCACCUCCUGCAAAUCUAUGUGCUGGACGACGGCUACUGCAGUACCAAGUGGACUAAGGGCAACCCGGUCCCUGCAAUUGAACUCAACAAGGUGGUGCUUGAGAAAUCUGGUGAUCUGCGCCAGGAAGUGGCUCAGUUCAUGUACGACCGAGUGUGCGAUCCGAACGAGGACAUGGAGGUGUACGCGUGGCGUAAGCUGCACUCGUCGGCCAACUUGCCUUCCGCCUCUCGCCCCAAGGUUGUGAACCGUGCCGAUUGUGCCGUGGGCUCGUUCCGUGAUGAUUACCGCUAUCCAGGUCUGCCGCAUGUGACGUUUAUCGGUCGUGUGAAGCCCGAGACUAACUACUCGAAGGCCGGCAACAUCAACAACUGCUUGUAUAACGAAGGAGCCAAUGGCCGCUACAUGCUGUUGCUGGACUCGGACAUGCAGCCCCACCCCAAGUUCAUUCUUGCUACGCUUCCGUUCUUCUUCGACGACGAAGACCGCCAGUUUAAGAACAAGUACUCGUGCUCGUGCAUGGGUUGCCAGAACGUGGCCAAGAUGUGCUGCGCCUCAUGCAAGAUUGCAGGUGUACCGGAGGAGCGUAUCAGCUACUGCUCGAAGGAGUGCUUCGAAAACGCCAUGCACGUCCAGAGCGACUUGCACCGUCGUCAGGUGAAUGGUACGCUAAGCGACGUGCGCGCGACUAAGAAGGAGCUGCGUUGCAUGAACUGUGACUCGAAACUGGGCAAAAGUGGAGUGUGCCGCAAGUGCAACACGAACAACAACAACGGUGAUGCGGACAUGUCGAUCCUUCACACGUACUCGGACGACGUUCGCGACAACGCCGUCGGCUUUGUGCAGACCCCGCAGUACUUCCGUGACUGUGUGCAGCUGCAGAUUGGUGAUCCGCUUGGUCACCGUAAUGCUACGUUCUAUGAUGCUAUUCAGACUGGCCAGGAUGGCUACGACUGUGCUUCUUUCGCUGGCACCAACGCUUUGAUUCGCCGUGAGGCGCUUGACUCUAUCGGCGGCAUUCAGUACGGAACCCUGACGGAGGACUGCUACACUGGUGAACGCCUUGUGUCGAUGGGCUGGAAGGCACUGUACUUCCGUAAGGAUUUCGAAGGUGAGGCUCAGGAGCGUAUUCGUCUGGCUGAAGGACUGAUCCCGGACUCGGUGGCUGGAGCCAUGGCACAGCGUAAGCGUUGGGCCAAGGGUAACUUCCAGACGGCACUGAUGAAGAAGAACAAGAACGUGGCCGAUCCGGAGUGGAAACGUCCGCAUGUGGACAUUCCAAAGUACCGCAAGCCCAACAACUUCAUGCGUCGUGUGUUCUACCUCAACUCGACGUUGUACCCCAUCGACUCGAUCCCGGUGAUCCUUCUGUACUACAUCACUCUGUACUUCCUGUACACGGGCUACGCUCCGAUCUUCGUCAAUGGCCUCCGCGUGCUUGUGGCGCUCGUGCCGAAGCUUAUCGUGCAAGGUCUGCUAUCGGCUAUGAGCACCCGCGGCGUGGAGAACAGCGAUGUGGUGCGCUCGCAGGAGACAAGGUUCGUGUACGCGUUCACGAACUUUACGGCUAUGCUUGGCGCCAUCGUGUGGAAGUUCACUGGCCGCAAGUCGCGGUGGCUCAACAAACGUGACGCCACGCGCGGAUCGCUGGCCGAGCUGCCGAAUGUGCUGGUGUUCUCUGGUGCUGUGUUCGGUAUUAUCUGGGCUAUGGUGCGUUACAUUGUUGCGUACUACAACCGAGUGUACUCGCACGGUGACUCGAUGCUGUGCGCUGCCAUCCUCAUGGGUUUUUUCAUCGCAUACAACCUGGGACCGAGCGUGCGCAUGAGCAUUCAGGAGUAUUUCGGCUGGAGCUACCAGAGUUUGAUGGACCAGGGAAACUUCAUGGGCUCCAUCUCCAUCGCUAUUGGCCUCAUGUUCAUUGCGCUGUGGGUGCACGUCGAGAAGCCCGCCACCGGCUAGAGAAGCUAUGCUUGGUGUAUCUAGGUUCAAGACCAGCUGUAUAGUAGUGCCGAAGAAGGCGCCACUACUUUCAUUUCCAUUAGUUUGCUUUUUAUGCUAUAUCUCGGAUAAUGAAUAUGGCUAUACACGUCUUAUCAUGUGCCAGAGUGAUAUUUGGGAACUACUGGAGCAGAGCAUGGCCAGCGAGAAUUCGCUAUUCGACCAAUGCUCCGCGCUCAUCGGGGAGUCUACGCGCGUGCUGCUCCAGGAUGGCACAUACACGCACGGUGUGUUGUAUUGCAUCGACCCUGAAACUGAUCACGUAGCGCUGUUAUGUCCUUUGGGGCAAGAUAACUCAGGCUACAACGUGAAGAUCGUGCUUGCGCACCAUGUACGAGGCAUCGAAAAGGGGCUGCAAGAGAGCACCGAUCUCCCCACCCUAGGUGCACUGAAGAAGGAGCUGGAAAAAGGUAGAAACUCCAGCCUGGAAGACUCGACGAGCAUCCAGCGACGGCGACAGCAGCAGCUCGGUCAGGUCUUGACGAAGAACUUCGUUCCAUUUGACGUGGAAGCGGAUGACAGCAUCCGCGUUUUCGGGGGCGCCGCGACGGUGCGACCGCCAUAUCGCAGCGUGGAGUGCGCAAAUGAGCAGCUCCUUCGCCGAAUGCAGCAGCUCCUAGAGCAAUUGUCUUAGAAGUAAAAAAAAACGAAACUUGCAGCAAGUCUCCA